AAAACCAUAAUUAAUAUCACUGGCCACCUGCAUCCGGAAACGCGAUCAUAACAGAUGACACAGGAAUGUAUAAUUAUUAGACAGAACCGUGAGAAAUGAACGUAGAUGUAAACAAACACAUGCUGUAUAAGGGAUGGUCAAUAUUGUGAUAUUGUUAUGUAAGGCUUGAAUCAUUUAGGAUGGUUUUAUUUGUGAAAUGUUAAAUAUGUGAUCCAUGUAGAGUAUGUUGGUAAUAUGAACAUUGCAAUUAUAAUAAUAGUAUCGUGAAGGGCUGGGUAGAAGUAAGUGGGUGUUAUAGAAGAAAUUAAAGAGUUUCUGUCCAAAAUUAGAUGUAUUUAAAAAACUCUGGCCCUUAAAAGGUGCAUGUGGCUUAAAUUAUUGUGGAAACCUGGAUCGUUUUUAAAGAAAAAAUGUCGAAUUCAAAAUAACGUUCAUUAGUAGAUAAACAUAGUCAAGUGUAUAAUAGCUUCAUCAAGCGGCUAAUUUCUUAAUUGUUUUAUAAGGAUACUAAAACCUUUGUUUAUUAUCAGGUGCGUCAGGAAGUCAGAACAAACGCAUAAUUAACAAAAUCCGUUGAUUCAGGCAACGGACGGGUAAUAAGACCACAUCGAAUUCAUAAAUCGAGAACAGUGUAGUACGUUCAAGGACGCGGGUCGGGUAGGGGGGCAUCACUAGCUCGUGACCGGCGCGGCCAAAUGUCAAACAGUCUCACUACACUCCGCGCUGAGAACGCGCGCGAAACAAACGACGCACGAACACGAUUCAAAAUAAUCGAACAUUACGAAAACUGACACAAACUUUAAAAAUAAACAAAUUAAAAACAACUCACCAGUGUUAUUAUAGUGCUGCGUUAACUUAAAUAGUAAUUAAUAUAAUCGAUUGGUAUUUUUUCGAUAUCCCAGUGCAAUUGACAUUUGAAGAUUUAAGAUAAUUACUAGGAAAGGUGAAGCCUAGUGAAUGUGGUUUCAUCGCUAUUGUAUCCAUAAUUAAUCAGUGGGAAUAUAUUUUUUUUUCUUAUUGUAGUUUGACGGUUUCCUGCAAACUUGUCAUUAUUGAUUGUAAUUAUUUAAUUAGUGAGUAAUGGACUAAGGUACUGUGUGAGUGUAAACAUGGGUUUUAAGUAUAUUCUGUUGGUGUGUGCUUCGGUGCUCUGUCUGAAGUUUGCCGCUGUUAACACACAGAAACAAAGCAGAGUCCCGCUGACGAGGUUUACAUGCACCGGCCGAGGGUCUGGAUACUAUGCUGAUGUGGACACUGGAUGCCAGGUGUACCACAUGUGCGACGGCCUCGGGCGGCAGUUCAGUUACAAGUGCCCCAACAUGACGCUGUUCCAGCAGCGGAUGCUCAUCUGCGACCACUGGUACAUGGUCAACUGCUCCAUGUCCGAACGCGAUUACAACGCUAAUCUGCUUAUAGGUCAACGCGACAAGCCGUUCGUGUCUGACGAUGAGAUGCGCUUGCGCACGCCGCGCCCUGACAUCCUAUCCGGGCCGCCGUACAACCCUUACUAUGACGUGCUGAGAGAGGCAGAGACCAAGUUUCCCGUCCACCCAGGCAACAGUAUUGUCGGAGCAGCUGACAUCAUAGGAGACGCCGACAACGACGACCUGGACAGCGGCAAACAGAACUACAGACCUCCGACUUCUUGGUCCACUGGCACAGGCCGCAGGUUCCGCAACAGUGCCAAAGCGAAACCCAACAUCAACUCCAACUUCGCCACCAGAAACUUUGACCAUCUUGACGAGGCCGCCUCACAAGAACCUGAUGCAACAUUCGAACCGACACCCAGCUCUAAAUUCGCGACAAACACUAAACUGAGUGUAACGCCGCCAUCUAUUGAACUGGUUCCUCCAGCACCACCAUCAACCGAAUCAAAGCCAGAAGACUCGAGUGUCCAACCUUCACAAGAUCCUGUCUUCAAGUUUAUUAAGCGUUUUGACCCCACUUCCCCUGAUGUCAAUCACUCUCCGAUGACCAAGUCAGAGAUAAUUGAUUUGAACGGACAUCUUCCUGCCGGCCAAGUGAGCUCUGAAGAAGAAAGGUCUCCAAGAAAGCAUAAGAACUUUGGCAAUAAUCUAAAUACCUUCCAAACAGACAAUGACAAAUCCUUCUCUGAAGGAUCCAGGUUCAAC